AACUAAUUAUGUUCACCCAUUUAAAAUCGAACUUAAUAUUAGUCCCUUUCAUUUGUUUCAGUUCCUACUAAUGUUCUCUUAAUCAAAGAAAUUUACACUAUCAAGAGGGAAGGGUGUAUAGAAAAGUCUUGCACUAAAAGGCCUCAUGUUAUGAAUAUAUAUGUCCUAAAUUUCAAGCGCACUAAGAAAAAUGAAGUGUUGAAUUUGGAAACUCACUGAUAUACAUUUCAUGUUAAUGUAAAGAAUCCUUCAAGUGAUGUAAUUGUUGUCAGAUGAACUUAAUUGUCUUUAAUGACUACUUCAAAUUAAAAAGGAUAGCUGAACUUAAUUGUCUUUAAUCGUUGUUUGCCUCCUAAAAUCAAAUGUUUUUUUGACAGGUUUGCUCUGGGUGUCUCCCAACUUAUGCAGCGCUGUUGGGAAGAGGUGUGGACUGUCUUGAGACGUGUGGCUGGUGUGCAAUGAGCAGCGAGACGUCAUUGCAUGUUUUUUUCCAGUGCAGCUUUGCGGGAGAUGUGUGGAAGCAAGUGAACUGAGGUGUGUCAGGUGCUACUGCUUCUUCUUUCCUAGGGUGGGUUCAAAAGGGUGUUUGAAACGAGGAGCUUGGAGGAGCGCCGCUUAUUAAUAUGAUAGGUUGCUGGGGAAUUUAGCAGGCUUGGAAUGAUCGUGUUGGAAGACGCGUUCAGGAGCAGGUGGAGCAAAUUUUUUAAUAGGGCAAAGUUGUUUCGGCAGGGCUGGAAACAAGCUCAAAAACCCUAUGCUUUGCUGCACAAAAAUUGCAACAGUCAAAAAGCUUUUACACAGGUGGGUUCUACCAUUUGGAAACCCUCAUCUUUGGGUAUUUUCAAGCUUAAUGCGGGUGUGUCUACUGGAGGGGUGAGGCAGAAUUUUGGCUGGGUGUUUCGGGACUCUGCGAGUGCAUUUGUAGCUCAAGUAGCGAAGCCAUGGGAAGGGUUUGUUCAUAGCAGGAAGGUGAGUUAUUAUGCAUUCAAGAGGCUUUGUCUUGAUUUUUAUGCAUGGGUGUACUACAUUAAAGGUGAAAUCUGACGCACUUCAAGCUAUCUCCGAGAUUCGCAAGGGAGAAAGCCAAACGGCUUUUGGUCUUCUAGCGGGUGAUGUUAGAGAAACGGGAGCUAAUAGUCUAAUUGUCGGGCUUGGUCUCAUUCAACUCCUUCAAAUAUUUCUCAUUUAUUGGACUUUGAUUUGAUUAAUACAUAGUUUAAUCUUGAUCAACAAAAACAAGGGUAAUUGAACUAUUUCCAAUUGCUCACGCUGGACAUUUGACUUUCACUUUAUUAAUGGUAAAUUGGUAAUACUGAUAUGGCAAUGUGUUAUUCUUUGAUCAAGAACAAAAUUAAUUAUAUUUACUCAUUCAAAUUUAAAUUUAACAUUAGUCCCUCUGAUUUUGUUUAGUCCCUAUAGUUAAAUUUAGUUUUUAC